AUGCUAGUAUACGGGUCAACUACAACAGAAUCCACUUUGACUUUGCGGCUAAGAGGGGGACCACCCAGAAGAAGAGUCACUUUUACCAGGAACACAGUAGACAACGAACACUUAAACAGAAAAAAGUCCAAGAUAUGCUGCAUAUAUCACACAAAAAAUGAAUGUAAUAAUGAAGAGUCGUAA